AUGACACCAAUUCCUUCGUCUGAAGAAACACGAGUUUCUCCGAAGCCUUCAAGCGAGGCAGCCACAGUAUUACCAAAGGCUUCAAGUAAGUCUGCAAAAAUAACACCAACACCUUCAACGGCUUCAAGUAAGUCUGCAAAAAUAACACCAACACCUUCAACGGUCAUUGCAGAAUUGCCAUCCAAAUCGUCGGGCAAGGAUGUAAAAGUUUUGACUAAAGAUUCUCGCGAGUCUUCCAAAGUAGCAGCAAUUCCUUCGUCUGAAAAAACACAAGUUUCUCCGAAGCCUUCGAGCGAGGCAGCUAGAGUGUCGCCAAAGACUUCAAGUAACUCUGCAAAAAUAACACCUCCACCAUCAACGGUCAUUGCAGAAUUACCUCCUAAGUCCUCGAAUUGGGAUGUGAAAGUCUCGCAGAAAGAUUUCUCUGGGUCUACCAAAAUGGCAGCAGUUUUUUUGUCUGAGAAAACACAAGUGUCUCCGAAACCCUCAAGCGAGGCCACCAAAUUGACAUCAAAGAGCUCAAGUGAAUCCGCAAAAAUAAAACAGACUACAUCAGUUGAAAAAACGAAAGGUUUUUCAAAGACUUUGAUCGAGGACACCGAGACAACGAAAAUGACACCAGCCCUUUCAACUGAAGCAGCAAUAUUGUCACCCAAGUCAACAUCAAGUGAGGUCAUCAAGCCUUCGCCUAAGGCUUCUAAAAUAAUAUCUACUACUACUUCUAACGAAGUUGCAAACGUGGCAUCCAAGCUUUCAAGUGACAGUGUCAUUAAGUCAAAAAGGACGAAACAAGUAUUCUCAGGGAAAGUUUCUUCAGAGGCUUCGAGUGAGCAAGACAAACUAUUUCCAAAAGCUUCCAGUGAAUCUCCUAAAAUGACGCACAUGGCUUCUGUUGAAGACGUUAAAGUGACUUCAAAACCAUCAAGUGAGGUCAAAAAGCUAUUGCCAACAUCUACAAGUGGAUCUACUAGAAUGACACAUAGAAAACUGACUUCCAGAUCUUUAGCGGAAGUGACGCCAAAACCCUCGAGUGAGGCUACUAAACUCCCCAAGAGGUCGUCAAGUGUAUCGACGAAAAUGACCUCUGAACCAUCCAUAGAGUCAGUAAAAAUGUCAAAAAAGUCUUCGAUUGUAAAGACUGAGCUCUCCUCGAGUGAUUCUACGAGAUCUAAACCUUCCACAGAAGCAAAAGUGUCAACGAAGCCUUCAGUUGAAGUUAAAGAUCUUUUGUCAAAGGCAUCAGGUCUGUCCACAAAUUCGACUCCCAAACCAUCCACAGAUGUAAUGAAAGUUUCACCAAAACCCUCCAGUGAGGCUGGCAGGCUGUCGUCACAAACAUCUCAGCUGUCUACAAAAAUGACGUCUAUGGAAUCAAAAGAAACGAUGAAACUGUCACCAAAACCUUCAAUUAAUUCUACCAAACUAUCUUCAGGGACUUCAAGUACGUCUACAAAAAUGGUGCCCUCGCCACCCUCUAAAGACAAAGUGUCGCGGAAACCUUCGAGGGAAGCCAGUAAACUUUCUACAAAGACUUCAACUGCAUCUACGAAGACGAUGUCGGAGGCAUCUUCAGAACCGGCUAAAGUGUCAUCAAAGCACUCAGGGGAUGCUGGCAUACUAACACCAAAGGCAUCAAGUGUGUCUACCAAAAGGACAGCUUCAAAGGCUUCAAGUACGUUUUCAAAAAUAGCGCCCACCUCUUCGACUGAUACAACGCAGGUGUCGGCAAAACAUUCGACCAAGUCUAUCAAACUGUCAAAAAAGACUUCAAGUGGGUCUACGAAGGCUACGUCCACACCUUCAACUGAGGUAAAAGCGUCUCCAAAACCAUCUCAAGUCGAGUCAAGCAAAACGAAAAUGAUUGAACAUGAAACGGGAGAAGCCAUAACGAAAUCUUCUACUCAGAUCACAUCACCAUCACAACAGGUUCCACAUGAGCAUCAAAAAUUGACAUCUAGAGCAUCAAAGGGAGAUAGUAAACUGUCACUUAAACGUUCAAGGGAAUCUUCGAUACUCUCGUCGAAAGCUUCGAGGGAAUCGCAUAAAAAGAAACACAAACAUCAUAAAACUGCGCCAAAGAAGGUUUCAGGGGAAACUCUCAAGCUAACGCAUAAACCUUCAAGUCAGUCUACCGAAAUGUCUCCUGAAGUAUCACCGAGAGCUUCUCAAGUCUCACAAAUGUCUUCGAUGGCAACUAAAGAUUUAGUAAGCGAAGGUAGUGAUGUUUCAUCCAAGACUUCUCGUGAAACAAUUAAAGAUGUCACUGGAGGUAAAAUGACAUCUAUCGAGUCAGGAGAAAAUGUAGCAUCCGAGAGUGUUGAAAGAAUUGCUCAAACCCCUUCAAGAAAAGCAUCGAAAGCUAAACACACUUCCCAAUCAUUAAUAAAAGUAUCGUCCAAAACACAAAGUCAAGACUCCAAGGCUUCAGUAAGUGCAAGUGUAGUUUCUACUUAUGCGAUUGAAACGCCAGUGCCUGCCACAAAAGUCGAUUCAGUGCCAAUGGACAAUGUGUCAACCUACUCCUCUAAAUCACUAAACAAGCUACAAACGCAAGGUUCAUCAUAUGAGGACAAAAGAGGUUCUCAAGAGAAAUUACCAGAAAUCUCUGACUCAAGAUUGUCAGAUUCACAGUCUCAGUUAUCGUACAAAGAUAGACCACACGAAGAAGGAAAUAGAAGAAUCUCAUUAUCCGUUCCCGAUCCAGUUGUUGCUUUGAAAGGCGUCGGACGUAGGACCUCGUUGCCAGGGGGUGCGUUCUCUGAAAACGAGUUUGAAAGAAGACGUCUAUCGUCCCUACACGACAUAUCUGAAUCUAGAGAAUCUAACGAGGCGUCAUCCAUUGAUGAUUCUUCUAGACAAAAUGAAGAUCAUAGUUUGGACGAUAACCAAAAGAGUGUAAUCGAUGCAUUAACUUUUACUGAUGCAGAAAAUCGUCGUUUGAGUUUGAUGCGUUCAGUCCCAUCCAUCACUAUACAAGAACCAGCAUCUCCUCCAAAUGAUGACAAUAUUCUGUUUGAAGAAGAUGAAAGAGUGAGAAUCAUCUGUGAACUCGAACAUACUCAUCCUGUUAGUUUGGAUGAGCAGAUCUCCAUUGAUAAUAGUGCAAGUGGAAAAGCACCAUCGAAUCAAGGAUCGGACGAAGCAAUUCAAAAAACAUCGGAUCUAGAAAAGGAGGACAUGGAUUCCUUCAAGCAAAGUAAAUCCUCAAUACCAGACAUCCACAACGAGAACGUUUCCGAUGUAAUAAAAGUACACCAACCAUCUGAGGACAUUGCAAGUCCAAGCCAAACGGGCAGUGAAACACCAAAGAGGCAAAGCGUAACAUGCAUCGGGAUUGAGUUUUCACCUACAAGUUCCAAAGACCAUAUUCCUCCCAACCGUGCAUCCGAGGUAUCUCUGAAAACAAGGAUCGCAAAAGGGUCCAGUAGCAAGAUAGGUCAGGAGGGUACUGGAGUCAGAGAGCCUUUGUCUGGUUCUUUCGAGCUCAAAGGUAUAGGCCUGGGUGGUGAACGACGCUCCAGUUCAAGAGCGCUUAUAUCAUCAAGAUCUACAGAAUUCCCGAGAACACGACCUUUCCAAGUGUCGCGUGGUCACUUUUCGUCCCACAGCCUGGAUACACCGUUAUCUCGUGGUGUUAUCGUUACUCCCCUCAAACCAAGUCCACCUCUAAGUCCAAGACUCAUAGAGUCCUCUACAAGAAGGUCAAGGCUAAAGAUGGCGUUGUCUCAACAGCGAGCCAAAGAGACACAGUCAGAAACAAGUUUGACAAGUUCAAAGAGUGACCCUGGUGAAGCAUCACCGAAAAAGGGCUCUGAGACCUUACUUGGUUCACAUCCCCCUGCAAAUAACUCGUCAGCUUCAAAUGAAUCAACAAAAACACUUCCUGAAAGACCAAGCACAGCAUCUGGCAUGUUAAAGCGAGAGAAGAUCAAGGCAUCCCGGGCGGUUAUUUCAUCUUCAUCAAGUGAAAGAUCAGAUACUUCUGCGCGCGAUGCCUCAGACGGGAACGUGAAUCGGGAAGCCUAACAACGUAGACAAUAUAUUUUUUUAUGUGACGUUAAUUUGGAAUUAUUUUUAUAUGUACGUUUUUGUAGAAGUUUAUUCUUUACAACUUACUUACUCUUUGACAACAGUUGACAACUUGACAGAUAUUUCCGCUUGGUAAUACUGAAUUGCCAAAUUCAUCGUACGUAAAAGAACCGUCACUUUUGAAUCUUGCACACCCUUUGAUAAACCCCUUUGUAUUUGUCUUCUUUUCAUAGCAAUAGUACUGGUAGAGGCAAACGGAUAUA